ACUAUAUACCCUCCUGAUUACAACAGAGCGAGUCCGUCCCUGGUUAUCGGCGGCGUUGUUCCCAUAGCUACGUCCCAACAGAUGAGCUCUGUCGUGACGCUGCGCCCGCGUCUCGGGGGGAAACCGCUCCAUAGGAAACCCGCGCGUCUUGGAGCAUCACCUGCUGCGCGCGCCGGAGCACGCGAGGCGCAUAAUAACUGCGCGUGACUUUUGCAGCAGAUCUGGAGGUGCUCGCGGACAGUGGACAUUUGCAUCACUACCACGCCUGCACAUACACGUGGUCCUACUUUUUUUUGUUGACUUACAUCCCCCCCGAAAGCCUGUAAGCAGCGUUUGACUCCGGACGCGUAAAAGGAAAAUUACUCACCUCCGUUGGAAAUCUGCGCGCCGCAGCGUUCAGCUCCACUUAACCCUGGACGUUCAGCCGAGCAUGGGGCAGCUCUAAUGUCAUUAUAAUGGCCUGUAAGCUUUCGUCCUGCGGCUGGUAUAUCGACCAGUUGUAAGUUUGUCAAAACCAACUUGUCUCUCCCUUCUCUCCGCCGCGCGCACCCCCGAGCCCUGCUUCUUCUUCUCCCCACUUUUACGCACGAAGAUGGGCUCGGAGAAGCCGAACUUCCUCUCGCAGCCGGUGGUGAAGAACAUCUUCAUGUUCCGCAACGGAGACCCCUACUACGAGGCGCGACGGUUGGUGAUCAACCAAAAGCGAGUGUCCAACUUCGAGACCCUGCUGAGGGAGGUGACCGGCGGGAUACAGCCCCCGUUCGGCGCGGUGAGGAACAUCUACACGCCGAGAGGGGGCCACAAGGUGGACUGCCUGGACAGCCUGCAGAGCGGGGAGCAGUACGUGGCCGCCGGCAGGGAGAGGUUCAAAAAGAUGGAUUACCAACAGAUCGGCUCCAGAAAGAGGAGGAUGCUGCAGGCUCCUCCGGUGCCGGCCAAACCGCCGCCCCACCAUCGAAUUAUCGUCUCCGCUCGGUUCCUGAAGCCCAUCAAGGAGCCAUGUACAAUAUUCGUGGUUGCCAACGGCGACGUGUUGAACCCCGCCGCGAGGCUGCUGAUCCACCAGAGGAUGCUGGGCCAGUUUGACAGGAUAUUGGAGUUGGUCACAGAGAAGAUGGGUCUGAGAGUCCUGGGGGGCGUUCGGAGUCUGUACACCUACGAAGGCCACCAGGUGACCGACGGGAACCUGCUGGAGAGCGGUCAGCUCUACGUGGCCGUGGGAAGGGAGAAGUUUAAGAGGCUGUCCUACAGUGACCUGCUCUUCACCAGACCGAGGGGGACAAGGAGGGUCAACGGAAUGAAAGCCUUUUCUCUUCCACCUAUCUACAGAUUCUCCAAGCAAAAUGGAAAUAAUAAGUCCACGGUCCGGUGCAGUGCGAGUGGAGACGGAGACCUCAAGACCUCCCCUCCGGGCCACCACGGGAACAACAGGGAGCACCUGUCGUCCAUCGUCAGGGAAAUCUCUCAAGCCAGGCUCAUCUCUCUGAGGAAGAAGAGGAGCGGACAGAGCGUGACCCUCACCAUCUCCGACAACGACGACCAGGAAUCAAAGGCUGAUGAUGGAAACACUGAUGACAAAACCCCUCAAGACCAGCCAGCAGAAGAGAAACCAGCAGAUGAAGAUGCAAAGGCUGCAGAGGAGAAUGGUGAAAAAGCAGAGAAGCAGGAGGAACCUGCUGCUGGAAACACCAAAGAAGAAGAAGCAGAAGAAGCAGAAGAAGCAGAAGGAGCAGAAGAAGCAGAAGAAGCAGAAGGAGCAGAAGAAGCAGAAGAAGACGUGUCCGCCAGCAAAGCCGACAAGGAAGAAGACCAGGACACGGAUGGUGAAAAAGAGGUAGGGGAAGAGAUGAAGGAAAAUGAAGAGACAAGUAAUGAAGAAGAGGCUGAGGCAACAGCAGGACCCGAGGAGAAAGAGGAUGAGGUAAAAGAAGAAGUACAGGGGGAGGAGGAGGUCACGGAUGAGAGUAAGGGGGAGGUUAAGAGUGAGGAGCAGGGGUCCAGCGGUAGCAACAGCGAUAAGAGCCAGGGCAGUAACGAGAAAGAGGAUGGAAGCCAUGCGUCUUCUGAGGGCGAAAAGGACGAGCAGGGCGAGAACACAGAAGAGGGGAAGCAAGAUGAAGACAGGGAAAAGGAGGAGAGAAGCAGCAAGGACGAGAAUAGUGAUGUACACACAGAGGAGGAGCAGAACGGGACGGAAAACAGCGACGACCCGGGGAAGACUCAGUCAGAUAACGAGACAAAGGACGACGAUAAAGACAAAAGUAACAGUAGCGACGGUAACCAGGAGGGAGAUGUGAGCAAAACAGACGGGGACGCCGACAAAGAGUCGGGGGAAGAGGAGAGAAAGGAGAACGGCGAGGUCAGCGGAGAAGACGAUGGAGAGGUGGAGAGUGAAGCAGAGCUGGACGCGGAGGACACAAAUUCGGCCGGGGGGAAAGAUACCACCGCGAAUGGGGAGAGAGGGGCGGAGGGAGGGGACGGAGAGAACGGAGAGAACGGAGAGAACGGCAGGAAAGAGAAGGAUUAGGAAGAAGAAGAAGAGGAACACGUCAAAGCCGUGGGAUUCGCAGUGCCGAAAAUGGGAAAAGCAAUAUCUUACAACAAUGUGAAAGUGAAGGCAGGUAGCAGAGCCAAUCCGUGGAAAGUAAAGCAAAGCAUGACGUGACUGCAAGUCAGACACAUUUAUUAGAUGGCCUUGUAGAAGUCGCCCUGAAAAGAAAGUGAUUUUGCCGUAGUAGAAUCGUUGAAUGUCUGACAGCUACAUAAGGUCAAAGGCAAAAAAAAAAAAAACGACUUUAAAAUUCAGGUAUGCCGUAUAUCCAAAAGCUGUUCACCGAAACAUUCCUCGCGUCUGAACAGAGACAAAGAAUAAAAGCUAUACUAAUACAUCUUCAUUUUAUAUUCAUAAGACAUACUGCAAAAGUUUGGGCUGCUUUAUUGAUCCCGUAAACACUGUGGGCACUGUAGUGAGGUGAUGCAGGGAAAUAACUUAAAUUGUUUUUUUGUUUUUUUCCAAAAAAUAUAAGUUUAUUAACUGGGUAUGAUUCUGCUAGCUUGUUGUGAAAUGUGUUUUUUUUUUUGUAUGUAUGGCUUUUUUUUUUUCUUUCUCUCAGAGUAAUUGAUGAGAUAUAUGUGACACCGUGUCUGCGUGAAUGUUGAGCUGAAUUAUAUGAUAAUCCUUCAUUAGUCAUUAUGUCUCAUGGAUAUGUGUUUAUUUGUAUUCAUUCAUUUAUCUUCUACCAUAUAAAUAAAUAAGAAAAUAACAAUUGAUUUACACAGACACAUCAAUACAAGUGUUUUCAGCUUGCUUACAUUCAUAAUAAAGGAUUAUUUCAGUACAUUAAUUGCUUCUUGCAGAUUCAAAUCACCUCUAUAUUUUUCACCACUUCAUUGAUCAAUUUCAUUCGCAUAUCAACAAUAAAAAAAAAUGACA